UCACUAGUUCACGUGUCUCUCCUACUGCCUGGAACCAGUGAAUCCCCAGCCGGCUGCAGGCUUUUAACCAUGGAGAAACUGACUAAUGCAAACACCCAUUUUGCUCUCGAUUUGUUUAGAAAGUUGAAUGAAACCAACCCAACAGGAAAUAUCUUCUUCUCGCCAGUCAGUAUUUCUGCUGCACUGGCCAUGGUCCUUUUAGGGGCUAAAGGUAACACAGAGAGACAGCUGUUGAAGACCCUUCAUUUUGAUGUUGUUGAAGAACUUCAUUCAAGAUUUCAGACCCUGACCUCUGACAUAAACAGAAGUGGAGCUUCCUAUCUGUUGAAGCUUGCCAGUCGGCUUUAUGGAGAGACGACCUACAAUUUUUUAGCAGACUUCUUGACUAAGACUCAGAAAUUAUAUGGAGCUGAUUUAGCUACGGUUGAUUUUCUACUUGCUCCAGAUGAAGCAAGGAAACAAAUUAACCAGUGGGUAGCAGAGCAGACUGAAGGUAAAAUCCCCAACCUGUUGUCUGAGGGCACAGUUAAUAAUAUGACCAAACUAGUGUUGGUGAAUGCUAUUUAUUUCAAAGGAAAUUGGGCUGAGAAAUUUAAAGAAGCAGAUACGAAACAAAAGCAGUUUCGGUUAAAUAAGAAUGAAAAAAAGACAGUGCAAAUGAUGUAUCAGAAAGAGAACUAUCCUUUUGGGUACAUCUCUGAACUGAAAUGUCGUGUGCUAGAGCUUCCCUAUGAUGGAAAAGAACUUAGCAUGAUCAUCCUGUUACCUGAUGACAUUGACGAUAACUCCACUGGACUCCAGCAGCUAGAGAAGCAAAUCACCUUAGAAAAGCUCCAGGAAUGGACACAGCCACAAAAUAUGCAUCCCAUUGAUGUUCAUGUGCAUCUGCCUAAAUUUAAGCUGGAAGACAGCUAUGACCUUAAAUCAGAUUUAUCAGGUCUGGGCCUGCAGGAUAUAUUUGACAGUGGCAAGGCUGACUUGUCUGGAAUGUCAGGCGCACGAGACCUCUUUCUAUCUAAAAUUGUACACAAGUCUUUCAUAGAAGUGAAUGAAGAAGGCACAGAAGCUGCAGCGGCCACUGCUGGCAUUGCUAUGUUCUGCAUGCUUAUGGAAGAGGAUUUCAAUGCUGAUCACCCUUUCCUUUUCUUCAUCCGUCACAACCCAACACAAAGCAUACUUUUCUUUGGCAGGUAUGCUUCUCCAUAAAAGAGAAGACAGAGCUACAGCUGAGGACCUGAUCCUAUUUCCAUUUAAACCAGUGGGAACCUGUAAUUAAGUUCUUACAAAUUUUCAUUGUAAUUCUGCAUUUCACAAUAAAAUGAC